AUGGACGAUGUUAUUUGGCAGGUGAUUAACCAGAAUUUUUGCUCUUAUAAAGUCAAAACAAACACACAAAAUUUUUGUAAAAAUGAAUAUAAUAUUACUGGAAUAUGUAAUCGUCAAUCAUGUCCUCUUGCAAAUUCCCAAUAUGCUACUAUUAAGGAAAAAAAAGGGAUUCUUUAUUUAUACAUGAAAACAAUAGAGAGAUCACAUAUGCCAUCAAAAAUGUGGGAAAAAGUAAAAUUAUCGAAAAACUAUAUAAAAGCCUUAAAACAGAUUGAUGAAAAACUUUUGUACUGGCCAAAUUUUCUUAUAUACAAAAAUAAAGCACGUUUAACAAGACUUACACAAUAUCUUAUAAAAUCCAAAAGACUUUUACUUAAAAAGCACCCAGAGCUUAUUGCAAUAAAGCCAAAAGAAGUUAGACGAGAAACAACUAGAGAAAGAAAAGCAUUGCAAAUAGCAAAACUAGAAAAAUUCAUAGAGAAAAAAUUAAUAGAACGACUCAAGAGUGGAAUAUACGGGAAAAAUCCACUAAAUGUUAGCGAAGAUAUAUGGAAAAAGGUUUUAAGUUCACAAAAGAACCAGCAAGAAAACGAAAGCGAAUUAGAAUACGAAGAUAUAGAAGAGCAAACGGAAUUUUUUAGUGAUAAUGAAGAAAGCGAUUUAGAAGAAUCAUAUAGAAAAUAUAAAUUUGAGGAUAAUUACGACCUUACUGACGACUCUGAUAUGUCAGAUAGUGAUAUAAGUGAAAAAAAUCAUACUAGCAUAAAAGACAGUAACAUUGAAAAAAAAGAAAUAGAAAAAAUCUUUCAAAAGAGAAAACAUAAAGGCGAACAAUCAAGAAAAAACAAGAAAGCUAAAACAUAUAUCGAAAUAGAAUAUGAACAAGAAAACCAAUUAACAGAUGAAAAAGUAUAA